AUGAGACUCACAGCGUCUGCUUUGGAUAAAAAUUGCUUUCCUGCGCAUUCAUCUUUUCCCUCCCUACUCUCAUUGUUGAAACCUGAGACCAUGAGUGAUAUCAUCUUACACACUAUAUAUAUAUGUUUAUAUAUACAUAUAAAGGUGAUGCUUUUAGAAAACCCGAUUGGGGGGGUGGGCAUAUAAAUUCUUGUUUGGUUAAUGCAUCGGAGUAUUCCCACACCUUUCCCUACCCCAAAUUUUGUUUUUUAUUCUUCUGGGUGCAAAUCUUGGAAGAGACGACAUCCUAAAUUCGUGGAGGAACAGCUUCAGUCGGAAGAGAAAUAAGCCACUUGCCUGCCAUGACCGGCCGGCAGACGAAACAAUGGACCUCAUUCUCUUCUGCUCCUCUGCAACAGGUAAUCCAGCCGAUGAUCUCGUGGCGGCCAUCAACAGCAAUCGCAGCGCCCACAAGUCCAGCGUCCUCAUCGCCAACCCUGGCCUCGGCUGCCUUGCUCUCCAAUACAUCAAGGCCUACGAAGGUCAAUGCGGCGACGUCGGCGCCAGUGGGAAGAAACCCGCCAACUCCAACUUUGCAGACACUUUCGCUCCCGCCUGUGGGGUCGUGGCAUCGACCCUCGCCCCUCUCACUGGAAGGUUGCUCGGCUGCCAGACCAACUACGUCACUCCGUCGCAGGCCUUCUCCGACAUCCUGAUACACAACAGCGGGAGCCUGGAGAUCCUCUACAGCAAGAAUCACACCCAGGUCGGCGCCGCCGUCAGCGGAACCGACGGCGGGUCGCCCUACUUCUGGUGCAUCCUGUUCAGCGGGGGAAAGUCCAACGCCACCUUCGUCUUGGACGACGGCGCGCCGAAGACGGUGAGACCCGGGUGCUUCAGCGGCGCCAACGACGACUGCAGCGGCGCCGCCGCCGCCCUGGGCCGUCUCCGCCUCUGGAGCCUUCUGCUUCCCGGGAUCAUGGUGGCUCUGUUUUACAGUCUCGGCUUGUGA